AUGAUUAAAUUUUUUGAAGUAAUCAGAGAUAUAGAUGGAGUUAUCGAAUGUCUACCUAUGAUAUUUGUUCACCUGGCAAGUCUCACUAAAUAUUUAAACUGGAUAUUUAAUGCGGAUAAGUUCAAAAAGCUUCUAAUUAUUAUCGAACGGGACGGAAAGACUCUGGAAAGUUAUCAAGAUGUUGAGAUUAUGACGUAUUUUUUCCUACCUGAGAAUUUAGCUGCCAUGUUUUCAAUCCUCGCAUUGUAUCUCGUAUCGCCAGCAAUCCCGAAAAUAAUGGACGCAAUCAGUCCAUUGAAUGAAUCUCGUCCUCUCAUAUACUUGUACCAAACGGAAUAUUAUGUUGAUCAAGAAGUAUACUACGUUCAUAUACUGAUACAUGCAUACAUGACUGUUCCAAUUUCUGUAACUGUUCUUGUGUAUUUUGAUAUUUUACUUGGAACACACGUACACCAUGCUUGCGCUAUGUUCAAAGUACUCAGAACAUAUUUAGAAACAAUACAUGUCGAUAUUUAUAACACACAAUUGAAUGAUGAAGAAAUAUCUAAUAAAAUUCGCAAAAAAAUCAUGCAUUGCAUUGAUAUGCACAGAAAUACAUUAGAAUUUGCCAAUGCACUAGAAGCGUCUUACAAUAUUGCUUGGCUUAUAUUACUAACUUAUUGUCUAAUAGCGCUCACUUUUACUGGAAUGGCGACAGUAAUGAAACUAAAUCAAACAAGUGAAGCAAUUAAAUUUAUAGCAUUUUCCAUAGGCCAUGUUUUUCAUCUUUUUUUCACAAGUUUCCAAGGCCAACUGCUUAUAGAAGAAAGUGAAGCGGUUUUUUAUUCGACUUAUUUAUCCGAGUGGUAUAAUAUUCCGCUUUUUUAUAAAAAACUUCUUAUUCCAAUAAUGAUGAGAAGUGUGACACCUUGCAGAAUAUCUGCCGGAAAAGUAUAUAUUUUAUCUCUAGAUACAUUCAGUUCUGUAAUUCAAAAGGCAAUGUCGUUCUUCACGGUCCUCUCGUCAAUGCGUUGA